UUUUUUUUUUUGUUUUGGGAAUGCGUAACCUAAAAAAGUUGGGGACCACUAAUCUAGAAUAUUUUAAAUUGUCUUUAAAAAUAUAUCACUUAUAUAUUCGCAUUUACUAUUCUUAAUAAUUGUGAUAAAUUAAGCAAACUAUUAAUUGUUACCUAUAAUGAUGGAUUUAUUAAUAACUACUAUUAUUAUUUGUACUGCUGUGAUUUAUCCUGUUAACACAGCCAACAUCUUAGUCGUAUUCUAUAAUCGUGCUUUUAGUCAUAAUUUUGUAUUUAUACCAUUAUUUCAAGAACUCGCCUCUAAAGGUCACAAUAUUACUUAUAUUAGUAGUUAUCCGAUACAAAAUCCAAAUAUCACUAACAUUUCAACAAAAGAAUCUAUACCCAUUGUACAAAACACAAUUAAUGUGACUCACGUUCAAUCAAUAAAUGCUUUUCAUGAAUCAAUGAAGAUUAUGUGGGAUUUUUAUAAAAAAGGAAUAAAAUAUGAUGCAUUGUUUACGGUGGACGAUGUAAAUAUAUUACUUAAUGGCCCAUCUAAGUAUGAUUUACUCAUAGCAGAGCACUUUAAUAGCGAAUUGUCUUUGGUUUUCGCGUCAAAAUUCAAUAUACCUUAUAUAUUGUUGAGUAGUUGUAGUUUAUUGCCAUGGAAUCAACAAGUAUUUGGACAAUCAUACGCAUUGGCUACUUCACCUGUAACAUUGACCGGUCUAUCUCCAAAGAUGAACUUCUACGAUAGAAUUAAAAACACUAUUUCCAACGCUGAGCAAGUAAUAGGUUAUAAUUUUUUAUGCCGGAAACGAGACGAAGAAAUCAUUAAAAAGAAACUUAAAAUAGAUGUGUCAUUAGAUCAAUUAGUUAAAAAUGCUAGUUUAUUAAUGGUCAAUACACAUUUUACAAUGUUUGGGUCUAGAGCCUAUGUACCAGCUAUUGUAGAAGUUGGUGGAAUUCACAUACAGCCAAUUAAACCUUUACCCACGGAUAUUCAAACAUUUAUUGACGAAGCAGAACACGGAGUAGUUUAUUUCUGUAUGGGCAGUUUAUUACGAGGUGAAACUUUUCCAGUUGAAAAAAGAAAAAUGUUUUUAAAAGUCUUUGAGAAAAUUCCGCAACGAGUUCUAUGGAAAUGGGAAGGAGAACUACACGACAAACCCUCGAAUGUUAUGAUACGGAAAUGGAUGCCUCAGCGAGAUAUAUUAGCUCAUCCUAAUGUUAAAUUAUUUAUCUCUCAUGGUGGUUUAUUGGGAACUACUGAAGCUGUGUAUGAAGGCGUUCCAAUUUUAUCAAUACCAAUUUUUGGUGAUCAAAUGACAAACGUCAAAGCUGUUAGAGAUAAAGGAGCUGCGGAGAUUAUGUAUUAUACUGAUUUAAAUGAAGAUGAAAUUUUUACAAAAAUAAAUUCAAUGCUUACAGACCCUACAUAUAAACAAAAAGCCAAAGAGUUAUCAGAAGUAUUUCGCGAUCGACCUAUGUCUCCUCUGGAGACUGCCGUGUACUGGACUGAGUAUGUUAUCAGACACAAAGGGGCACCACACCUUCGUUCAGCUGCUGUUGGAAUGCCAUGGUACCAAUAUUAUUUAAUCGAUGUACUGUUGGUAAUUUUUAUAUCGAUCGCAACUAUCUUUGUAUCAUUGUACUACUUAAUUUUCAAACAAAUUUUACGACUUAUAUAUAAAAAAAGUAAAGAAAAACAAACAUAAUCUAGUAAUUUACAUUUAGUUUAGAAACUAUAAAAUAACAAAUCCAAUUGUGCUAUAAUAGUCAUUAUGUUACAUUUAUAAGUAGGAUUUCCAAUGCAUUGUAAAAUAAUUAUUAUUUGUAUUGUUCCACUGAAUUUUGUAGUGCGAUUUGAAUAAAUUAUGCGUUUGUAAAUGUAUCUAAA